GAAUGUAUCCAGCAAUUCAUCCUGUUAAUGAAGCUUAAGCGCCAGCUCUGUCCCCCCGCCACGGCCCUCUCCCCGGAACGCGUAGCGCUGGGCGGAUCUCUGGCCACCCCGGUCACCAGUGCGCAGAUGUCGGAGGCACAACAGGGAGAUACGGGGGCACCGAAAUCCAGACGGCAGAGGAGCAGCGCCGUUUUAGUUGGAAGGCAGGCGGACAGCAGUUCGGAGGAAGCAGAAUCCGGCUCGGCAGGAAGGGCUGGCGUUAGCAGCGCCUCGGACACGCAAGGCUGGUGCCUUUAAAAGGCUCCGUCACGAGGACUAACGUUAAGCAAUCGCUGGAUGUGCGGUUAGUUACCGAAAGCGGAGGCGAUCUGGCGGAGGAGGCGCAUACCGAGCGAGCAGGCGGAGAGCCCACGCCUAGGGCGGCAGCGGACGACGGACACGGCAGCUUGGUGGCCGGGCGCUGGAGGCGGUGCUCUUCGGCCGCGAUCUUUCAUAAUCCAACCUAAUCACCGGUUUGAUGAUCAGCACAGCGAGUUUUCGGCGUCGGGGAACUUGGGUCGGGCUCAGCUAGACAAAACUGUCGUCUACCGGAGUCGCUGCUCGUUUUUCAUUCUGAAGUUUGGAUCUGUCCGUUUUACCCGGAGGGUUCCUGUUAGUGCUGCUGCUGGGAGCGUUAGGGUUACUCUUAGUGUUACCGUGUUACUCAGUUACUGUUAGGAGGGUUUCCUUUAUUUGGCUUGCACUCUCCACCGGGAUCUGACUUCUCCAUGACCGCCGCCUUAUGAGGAGCGGUCGCCUGGUUUCCCCCGGCCGGAGAACCGGAGCCAGUUUGGUGGCAACUCCGCUUAGCGGAGACCGAGAGAGACGGAGGCGGAGCGGCGACAGGGAAGCGGGCCGCCAACCAUGGCCGAGACGGAGGAGAAUGGCUGCCGGUCGGUGACUGAUUCCGGCAGCCUGCGGGGAACCACGGACAGCCUGGCAGACGGAGAGAGCUCCUUCGGUUCGGACUCAGAGAUCAACGGCUUCGCCAACACCGAUAAAUACGGAUUUAUUGGGGGGUCGCAGCAGAGCUCCGGGGACUCGGCCCAGGACAUCCCCCCCGAGGUGCUCCGCCAGCGUGAAGUCAAGUGGCUGGACAUGCUGAACCACUGGGACACAUGGAUGCAGAAGAGGAACAAGAAGGUGAAGCUCCGCUGUCAGAAGGGCAUCCCACCCUCGCUUCGGGGCCGCGCUUGGCUCUACUUGUCUGGGGCCAAAGUCAAGAAGGAGCAGAACAAGGGAAAGUUUGAGGAGCUGGAUGCUCAGCCUGGGGACCCCAAAUGGAUGGAUGUGAUUGAGAAGGACCUGCACCGACAGUUCCCCUUCCACGAGAUGUUCGUGUCCAGGGGCGGCCAUGGCCAGAAGGACCUGUACCGCGUGCUGAAGGCCUACACAAUAUACCAGCCAGAGGAGGGUUACUGCCAGGCCCAGGCACCCAUCGCCGCUGUGCUGCUCAUGCACCUGCCCGCCGAGGAUGCCUUCUGGGGCCUGGUUCAGAUCUGUGAGAAGUACCUCCCUGGAUACUACAGUGCGGGCCUGGAGGCGAUUCAGCUGGAUGGGGAGAUCUUGUUUGCCUUGCUGCGGCGCGUCUCGCACCAAGCCUACCGGCACCUGGAGAAACACGAGAUCACUCCUGUCCUGUACAUGACGGAGUGGUUCAUGUGUGCCUUCUCCCGCACGCUGCCCUGGGCAUCUGUACUGCGCGUCUGGGACAUGUUCUUCUGCGAGGGUGUGAAGAUCAUUUUCCGAGUAGGUCUGGUGCUGCUGAAGAAUAUGCUGGGCUCACAGGAGAAGCUGAAGACAUGCCAGGGGCAGUAUGAGACCAUCGAGAGGCUGCGUGCCAUUGACCCUCACUACAUUCAGGAGGCCUUCCUCGUGCGGGAGGUCCUGGAAGUGUCCCUGACAGAAGGGGACAUCGAGAAAGAACAUCAGGCUCAGCUGAAGCGCUGGAAGGAAGUCCGAGGCGAGCUGAAGCACAAGACCCCUCCCAGGAUGCAUGGCGCCUGGGCCAUCAUGGCCGCCGAGCCGCCCAGCCAGCAGGACCUGCAACAGACACCCACCAUACAGCUGCCACAGGAGGACAAGGAAGUCCCAAAGCAGAAGGACAACAAGAAGAAGGCCAGCCUGAGGAAGAAGAAGACUCCAAAGGAGAUCCCCAACCCGUAUGCCCUGCCCAGCGAUCCCAAGCCGCUCCUCAAAGCCUCUCCCCUUCAGGAGUCUAACCUGAGCAUCAGCAGUGCAGAGCAGGAUACAUACCUGUAGUUGAGGCUGUUCUGCCCUCAUGUGGCUUAACUGGGGAAGUGCUCCUGGACUGUCUAGGCACACUUGGGGAGUGUUUCUUCCUCUUCCUUUCUCCCCUGUAUCACAAUGGCUGUCUGACAUGAGCGGUGCUGGGCUUCUGUCAUUACUGUCUCACACUGCAGAGGUGAACUCCCAGCUUAUGUAUUACCCCUCAUUCUUCUGCUCCGUGAGAGGGCCGGGUCCCUAAACCACCCUGAUUAACUAAUGGAUACCACUCUCAUCAGCACCCAUUUUGUUCAUUGGGAUUUUAAUGACUAUUUGUGGAGGUAUGAAACUUUUUGUAAAGAUUUUGUGGUUUAUCCAUAUAUGUAGAUGGCAAAUGUUUAGGUUUUUUAUAAAGCAUACAGGGUUUCCCUGUAUAUAUCAGACUCUGACUUGGGAAGUGAGCAAAGAUGGUGUCAAGCAGUUUUUUAAAGCCUUUUUGUAUUACUAAAAAACACCAGAUGGCUAAAACUGAGCUUUUGUAGAGUUCUUUUUCAUACGGCACGGAGUGAUGCUGAUACUCAUUGCUGAGGGCUUUUCUUUCAUGUUGGAAGGGGCUCAAUAAGCAAACAUUUUUAAAAGGUGUAAAUGAGAUUCCCACAUUCACUGAGAGAAUCCCAGCUGGAAUAUGCACCAUUUGUUUAAGCUGGAACCGUACUAACACUGUGUCUGAAAUGUACAUUGCAUGUUUGAAGCCAAAGGCAUAUCAAUCUACUCUCUUUCACUUCAGCUGUAGAGAUGGGACAGCUGAUGACUGCUGGGAUUAAAAAAGCACCAAAUGUGCAUUUUUCUUUUCCUUGGUUUACAAUGAAAACAAAAGCUUACUGAAACGAAUGCCCAUCUUGCAUGUCUGAGAGUCCCACAGGGUAGUGCCGGCAGCCUUGCCACCACUUGCCUGGGGUAUGAUGACACGCAGGGGCUCAUGGGAACUGUAGUCUGGCAGAUAUCUGUGCCAGAUACAAUUAUCAUGCUCCACAUUUGUGUAAAUGAUCUUGUUUUUCAUUUAUGGUUUUUCAAUUGUAUUCAAACCGUUGAUUACCUGAUAAACCUAUUCUCUGCUAUCUUUGCUUAUCAAUCAUUUUAUUUCUGUUGAAUAUUUGUCCACAUUCCAUUCAAUGUCAUAGGUUAUCCAACAGAUGUCUUAUGAUGGUAAAUUGGAACAGUAACUUGUGUGUGUGUGUGUGUGUGUGUGUGUAUUACAUAAUACACACACACUAUUUUUUACAAUACUGUAUGGGUCUGCUUUGCCACUGUAUAUAAAUGGAUGCCUAAUAUGGCUUUUUUUUUUUUACUGGAAAACAAGAUUAGAACACUAUAGAUUUAUAUGUCAAGAUACCUUUGUAGAAACUUCAACUUAUUUGGGAAUAUGUAGUACUCUACUUUGGAAACGUCCUUUUAAGUGAACACACAAUAUCAUCGAGAAAUGUGAGGAAAGAGUAACCUUGCUAAACCUUAUGCCAUAAGCACAAUUACAGAGUAUCUUUUAAAAUGCACUUACCAUAGAUGGGCAAUAGCAGGUUUGUUAGAUAUAUCAAUUAUGAAUAAAGGGGAGUACAGCUCAGAAGACUGCGACGUUAUACUGGUAACACAAAAUUUGAUGAUAGAGGAGCAGUUCAGACUGGGAACCUGCAGAGCCAACCGCUACAUGAUGCAUGUCUGACUGGCAAAUCUUUUCAGCUUUUCAUUUAGGAACUUUGCAGGUCUGUUUUAGUAAGGUUUGUGCUUCUGGAGACGGUGAUCUUAAGUGAGCCGAGCCCACUGUGUUCUCCCAGCCCCUGUCCUCCUCCUCCUGCUCACUCAGUCCAUGAAGGAGUCCUUCUCUCAAGGGCCCAUCAAUGAAAAUGUGUUCAAAUUCAUUAAGAUACUAAAUAUAAGGUCUAGUAGCUAGAUCUUAUUUUAUUCUCUUGUGUGCCAAGGUCUGAAUUUCUGUGUAUUGUUUACUUCCAUAUUGAGCAAUGUACAAUAAACACAUUUGCACAGAACGA